GCAAGUGAAUGGUGACCAGGCCUUUGAAUCUCAAAAAAUCACAUAAAGGCCACAUAAAAUCAGUACAUCAAUUGUGCACUAUUUCUUCCUGAUGCGGUUGAAAUUUAAUCUAAGCACAAAUGCAAAAUGUCAAGCAGAAUUAUCCAUUAUUUUAGUGAAUGAAUUGUAUUAAAGGAACUUCAGGUGUUCAUGCUUUUCAUUUGUGUUGAUAUCAGAUACACUGAAGAAUCGUAUAGUUAUUUGCUUUUAAAUCCGCUCGUAACCAUAAAAGUUGAAAAUCUUGUUCAUCAUAGCAUUUGAUUGACAGGUAAGGUGUGGUGCUUCACUGCUGCAGGGACGCAUACAGGACGUAUCAGUAUUUACACCGUAAAUGAGAUGUGAUCACAUGCGUUUUGACCACAUUUGUAUGUAUUUUUUGUGAUCCGAUCACAAAACGUUUUAGAGCCCAUUUAGACCUGUAUUUAGGGCUGACCACAUGUGAUCAGAUCACCCGAAACACAUCUUAAUACCAGAUGUAAAUAGGGUCUAUGAAUCUACACUUUCACUUUCAAAAUGUGAAAGUGAAAUUGAUAUGAUGAAGUGUAAAUGAUGAGAGAAUUUCCAUUUUUGGGUGAACUAUCCCUUUAAGGAGAAAGAACAACACUGUAGCAUUAAAAGUUUGAUCUAGAUUGGUCCAGAUUGAAUUUCUUUCCAUCUGCCAAAAAUAGACUGGUAUAUUGGCAAUGAUUGUCUAAGUUCAUAUCAGCGAUCAUGUGAGAAAGCUGCCAAUAUUGUUUGUGCGUGAGAGGUUGUUUCUGUGUGCCAAGACUGAACAUCAUUAGAUUUCUCUUGUUUGUCCACAGACUUGCAGUCCAUGACAGUUGCUGGCAUUGGACAAAGAAGCACAGGUUGCCCAGUAUGUGACCUAAACAAAAGCAGAUGUAUGCAGAUUGCUUUUCCGUGAUAUCAGCACAUUGUCCUUUUUGAGUGGACUAUCCCUUUAAAUGAGUGAAGAGGAUGCAGCAUCUGCCUGCCUGAAGAUCCUGCAGUUGAGACUCCAGCAGAGGAGGACACGAGAGCAGCUCGCAGACCAGGGCAUCAUGCCUCCCUUGAAGAGUCCGGCUGCAUUCCAUGAACAGAGAAAAAGUCUUGAGCGAUCCAAGACUGGAGAUUACUUAAAACACAAAAUCAGAAGUAGACCGGAGAAAUCUGAACUUAUCAACAUGCGAAUUCUACAAGACCCGGCCAGCGAAGGCCCCGCACAAGACUCGCAGACAAAACUUAAGCGUGCCAGGCUCGCUGACAACCUUAAUGAGAAAAUCGCUCUCAGACCAGGCCCACUGGAGCUGGUGGAGAAGAAUAUCAUUCCUGUUGAUUCAACUGUUAAAGAGGCAGCUAUGAAAGGGAACCAUGGGAAGUACCCCAAGCAUGAGGACUCAUAUGCUUUUGAGGAGGACAGCAGCAGUGACAGUCUCUCUCCCGAGCAGCCCCACAGUGAAGAGUCACAGGGCUCUUCCGAUCCCCUCCCAGAGAACAAGACUAGUGGUUCGCCCUCCCCCACACUGACCAGCAUUUGCCAGGGAUCUCAGAACAAAGACACCACUAAUCAAAACCAAGAGGACAACGCACAUGUGACAAAAAACCAGGCAACUCCACCAAUACCAGUCCCUGCAAUUGUCAAGGAGUCCAAAAUGUCUGACAAGAACCGCCACAAGAAGCCCAAAGAUAUCAAGCCUAAAGUGAAGAAACUCAAGUACCACCAGUACAUCCCACCAGACCAGAAGGCAGAGAAAUCUCCUCCUCCACCCAUGGACUCUGCAUAUGCUCGUCUUCUGCAGCAGCAACAGCUCUUCCUGCAGUUGCAGAUUCUCAGCCAGCAGAAACACCAGCAUCACUCUCACCCCCACCAGCACCAGUAUCCACAGAGCCAGAGCUUUAGCUACCACACCUUGAACCAACACACACCAAAUAAGCAAUCAAGUGAACAACAAACAUCAUGCUGUUCAAAUGGACCAACUAGUGGCGUUAACAGUAGCUCCUCAUCUCCUGUGAAGACCACCUUCUGCAAUGCCACGUCCCUCACCCCAGUCAGACCAGGGCCUUUGCCUGCUAACCUGGAUGACUUGAAGGUAUCUGAGCUAAGGCAACAACUGAGAAUACGUGGCCUGCCUGUGUCUGGCACUAAAACAGCUCUAAUAGAAAGACUGCGACCCUUUAAAGACUCCAGCUCCAGUUCUCCAGCCAGCUCUGGAGACAUCAGCACUGUGACCUUCCCAGUGACCCCUACAGGAUCUCUUUCAUCCUACCAAUCCACAAGCUCCUCAAGUGUCAUGUCUCACGGUGGUGGCUACUUCCCCUUCUGCAGCACAAGCUCCACCCCACCCAUCUCACCAGCCUCUUCUGACCUCUCUGUCAGCGGCUCCUUACCUGACAGCUUCAGUGAUGUCACUAUGUCCUCUCCACAAUUUGGCCUUCAGCUCUCCCCUGCUCAGCUGAGCACGGAUGAGGGCCAGAGCAUGUCGAGUGCCCUUGGAUCAGGUUGCCUUCGUGGGGAAACCCAGGCAGGUCUAGAGCCCCUGGGUCUAGAUGCAGAGAAGGACAAGAUGUUGGUGGAAAAGCAAAAGGUGAUUGAGGAGCUCACAUGGAAGCUCCACCAAGAGCAGAGGCAGGUGGAGGAGCUGCGGAUGCAGCUUCACAAGAGGAAGCGUGCUCACAGUCUGCAAGAAUGCCCUGCCCUACCACCAGUACCACCAUCACAACAUCUGAUGCAUCUCCAGCCACCAUCCCAGAUGCAGCAGUUUUAUGGCGUGUCUGUCAAACAGGAGCAUGUGGCUUCAAGCUGUCCUCAUUCAUCUAAGCAGCUGAAAGGAGGCCCAAGCAAUAGCUGCAUGGAAGGGAUGGGUCACUGUGACCUACACAAUGCUUCUCACUGCCUUGAGGUGCCCUCCUCUGGAAGCCCCACUGGCCUCUCAGCCUUCCUGAGCCCCCAGUGCUCUCCUCAAGAUUCCCCUGUCACCAAAAAUUCCAGCAGCCCCCAGCCCAACAGCUUGCCUUCCUCCCCCAGUCAUCCCUACAUGCUGACCCCUCCUCUGGGCAGAGAUGGCUGCUCUCACCCACUUCCUCAAAAUGGACCCAGACCAUGCAAUAUGCAGUUACAACAGAAAAAUGUUGGACAAACUGUGAGCUGCUCAUAUCCAUCUGACCAAAGAAGCAUGCAGCCUGUAUACCCAAACCCUGUGGAGAGCAACUUAAACCCCAGAGGGUCGUCCAAGGCCAAGAGUGCUAGCACACAGCAAAAAGAGGCAAUUUUGCACUCUCCCAGGCACGUUGACCCAAAGUCUCCCACCACUGCCUUCUGUAGUUCAGAUUCUUCUGCAUCCAACACUAAACAGCCCCCAUGCUAUGAGGAUGCUGUAAAACAGCAAAUGACCAGAAGCCAGCAGAUGGAUGAACUUCUAGAUGUCCUCAUUGAGAGUGGAGAAAUGCCAGCUAACGCCAAAGAAGAGCGGCCCCCUGUAACCAAAGUUGUGCCUCACCUUACAGUUUCACCUAACGGAGUGGCCAUAUCCAGGUUUCACAGACACUACAGUCACAUGGCACCCACCCUGCUUCCAUAUGAGCAUGCUGCAGGGCACGGGGACGGCCACCUGGAUGCGCUACUGAGCCCUAUAACCCGGCAAGGGGACUCAGUCCUUCUAAAGAUGGGUGCUGAGGAAGGACACUUGGAGGAGGUUGGGGAAGGCUUUACCAGACCCCAACAUGAUGACAAGUUGCUUAGCAAUCGUGACAUGAUGGACUCACCUUUGACGCCCCUGGCUACCAAAGUUUCACCGAUUGCUGUAGAUAGCCAAGGGCUUGGAAUGACAUUUACAGAGUCGCCGUGGGAAACUAUGGAAUGGUUGGACCUGACCCCACCCAGCUCAGCUACAGCAUUUAAUAACAACAUGCCUCCUCCUGGGCCCAGCAUCUUCAACACAGAAUUCCUUGAUGUAACGGAUAUCAACUUGAACUCUACAAUGGAUCUGCACUUAGAGCAUUGGUGACAAGCAAGAUGACCAGCAAAAUACCAGCAAAUGUUUUCACUAUGCACUUCAACAUCAUAUUUCAAUACCCAGAGCUUUUCCAAAAUAUCUCAACAAGCGCACAAGUCGCAGAUUAAAAUUAAAAUUAGAUAUCAGGAUGUGGUCCCCAUGGUAGCUUGUGAAAUCUUGUAUAUCUUCCUAUAACUUGGCUGAAUAAGAGCAUAGUGUUUUAAUACCAUUUUAUCAUGGUCCAUCCAAACUUGAAAAGUGUUUUGACUAUGGAUUCUGGGAAAGAAUGUUUUGAUUACUGGAAACAGGAAGAUCCAACAAACCAAAUUGGACUCAAACAGGGAAAUCCACACCAAAUUCAAAGGCAUUUUCUGAAACCAUUUGUAAAUAUUCCAUUGUACUGAUAAACAAGAAAGUCAAUACCUUUUUAUUUUGUCUGCACAUUUGUGGUGUGGAAAAAAAACAUGUUAAUGCAUAAAACAUGUUCACAAAGAUCAAACUAGUAUAUCACAUGUACUCUUUUGUGCUAAUGUAAAUAUUAAUUCACACUUUGCACCUUGAGUAGUAGGCCUAUAGUACUAUGUCACACUUCAGCUUUUGCAAAUAGUUUUGAGAGCAUUUCAUUUCCUCCCCUGUUCUCUCCAUAUUGUUGUUUAAUUUAUUUAGAGAACUGAAACUUUUGGUUUGUACUUAAUGUAUGAACUCUCACAUAAUGUGAUACUCUUCACCUAAUGAGAGAGGAUAUUCUUCAGAUUUAGAAAGGAAAUCAAAAUCUCAACCUAUAUGUGGCUGUCUUCAUAAUCACUGGAGAAAUUAACUGUAUUUAAAACAAUUAAGUCUUUUAGGCUCUAAAAUAUGGUCAACAGACAGACAACGCAUAAAAUAUUAUAAUUAAUAACGUAAUUUGCAUAUUUUACAUUUUGGUCACUUCUUUCCCCAAUGUCUAUUUGAAUGCCAUUCAAGAAUGCCAUGAGUAUUUCUUUAAAAACAGUCAUUGCUAUUUUAAAAAAAAUGACUUUUAAAAGCUCUUUUAUUAUUAUUUUUGCUCUUAAGAUCUUCUGAUGUAUUUAUUUCAAGCUUUUCUUUUCAUUGGAGUAUUUAUACAUACAUAUUUAUGAGACAUUCCUUUUCAUUAAAAACAAAAAAAUAAAAGUUAGAGUAAACUUGCUUAUGGUUAAAUCACUUUAACAAAUGAUGUUUCCUACAGUAUUAGGAUCAAUAAAUUAAUCAUUAAAGGAAUAGUUCACCCAAAAAUGAGAAUUCUGUCAUCAUUUACUCACCUUCAUGUCAUUAAAAACCUAUUAGACUAUCUUUCUUCUGCUAAACACUAAAAUAAAUAUUUGAAAUAAUGUUGCGAUCGCCGAUUUCCAUAAAAUAGCAAUUACUAGUGAUUCAUUUUAAAGCUUAAAAGCAUAAAAGUAGUCCAUGCGAGUGAAUAAUGACUUAAAUUUUGGUAUUUUCAUCAUACAAAGUGAUUGUAUGCCUUCAGAAGACUUGGAGUAUGAAGCACAAGCCACAUGGACUACUUUUAUGACAUUUAUGGUUGCUUUAAAGUUUUAACUUAAGUCAGGUAUCAACUGAUAUUGUAUGGAAACCAGUGAAUGGAACAUCUUUUAAAAUAUUUCCUUUUGUGGUCCACAGAAGAUAGAAAGUAAUAUGUGUUUGGAACGACAUGAUGGGGAGUAAAUGAUGACAGAAUUUUUAUUUUAGGGUGAACUAUCCCUUUAAUGAUGCAACUGUAUCUAUUAUUGAUAUUUUGAUAUUACAUGCACUGAUAAAUGUCAAAAUAGUAAAAUUUUUAUACAGAUUAAUUCUCUUUGAAAUAUCUCAGAGAGUAAAAUAAGUUACACUAUAUGAAUAUAAAAUGUCCGAUAGAAUUUAGCUCUGACAAUCAAAUUUCGAAUGUUUCAACACCUGAAACAAAAGCAAGACCUUACUAACAGGCGAUGCCCAUUUUUACCAGCACUUGUGAUAAAUGAAAUCUAAUAUAUAGGUUAUAUUACAUUCAACUGUGAAAAUUGACUGUUUAUUUUAUCUCUUGCAAGUUUGGGAUUAUCAAGCAGUUUCUUUUAGUAUUAGCUCACCAAAAGCUCAAACUGUGAAUAGAUUUUAUUUUAAUUUUUCGUGCAUGGAAUAGAUAUUAUUUUUAUUGUCUUCAUUUCUCAUCUCUAAUCACAUUUCACUCUACCUUAAUGCUUUUGACUUGUAGAGAAUAUAUCUUUAUUCCCAGGGGGGAUUUGGGGUCUCUUUGCUGUGCCUUUUAGUGGAACCAAAGACUGACAUUUUUACAUGAAUACAGUUUUGUAAGAAAUAAAUCUUGGGUUUUAUUUACCCAAUAGGCAUUAAGGGCAUUAUAGACCAAAAACAAGCUCUAUUUUAUGCUAAAGACACAGUAUUAAACACGGUACUGUUUUUAGAGACUCACCUCAAUUUCUUUAUUUUUACACAUGAAUCAUUGUUGCAGACUAUCAUAGAACUGUAAUUAAGAACAGUGUGAGUAAUCCUAUUAUUUUGAAAUCCAGGAAAAUAUAUUAAACAUCACCAAAUGCUUUCAUAAAACACUUUUAGUACAACCAGUUAAGAUAUUAGGCUUACAGUCCUGAUUCUUAUAAGUGCAUAAAGUUUUAUGUAGAGUUGUACUAUCAAGUUAUGUAAAGAAUUUCAGAUUCUUCUAAAGAAAUAUUUAUUUUUCUAUGUUUGAUAUAGGCCAAUAAUAAUAAUAAUAAUUCUGUCAAUGACGAGCAGCCCAGUUGAACUAACUUUGCAAUUUUAUAUUUUCCUUUAUAUUAUGUUUUGUUCUUCAAGAAUGUAAAAUGUCAUUCCACAGUUAUCAUGCUUUCUCUGCGUUCAGGUUGGCAGAACACCAUCAAUGGUGCACAAAUGUUCAGUAUAACUCUUUUCUCUCCCUUGGAAGUGAAGGUUUUGUCUUAUUUCUUUUGAAUUCUCCAAGGGAAAAUAUAUAUACAUAUGACAAAAAGCUUUUGUAUUGCUUGGCCACUGAACAACUUUACAAUAUAAACUGUCCGAGUAUUUGUCUACACCACUGUAUUACUGUUACGAGAGUUCAAUAAACAAAUAUAAAAUGUACAA